GAACGACUCAGUGCGUCUGGCUCUCGCUACUGUCAACACUCCAGUGACUAUCUACACGGUCGAGAGCGAAUUUCAACUGUCGAUAAAGUGCACGAUGGCUCGUCUGACCUUAUUUUGCGUGCUACUGUUCUGUGUGUUCGGAACCACAAUGGCGUUCAAUAUCAAGAGUCUUCUUCACAAGUUUUGGAAACCCAACGAUUGCGAUGAGCUGGUAUCCCGCAACUGCUUCGACGUCUGCGGAAAAGGCCACUGCCCCAUUAAAUCUGAAUGUUGCCACAAAUUUUUUUCCUACUUUCGUCUCUUCUGUAAACACGAACUGAAAUUCCGGCAGCGAUGUCUACCGUUUGUCUGCAAGAACAAUGGAACACUGCUUCGUACGCAAGACAGACAUCACGGUCACAAGUCUCUCUGUGAUGACCCCACGCUAAAGUGCGCAUGCCCGACCGGUUACUCCGGUGCUUGCUGUCAAAGUCACAAUACUGAGGCACCUACCAAUGUUUUGUUUGAAACGUCAAGGCCGUCGGACUUCUUUCACGAGACCGAUAGUACAACAGAAGAUACUAUGUUUAAAACAGAAGAUACUGUGUUUACAACAGAAGAUGCUGUCUUUACCGACAGUACAAGAGGAGAUAAUAUCGAAUUGGAAGCCAAAUCUUUUGUAUACGAAACCGGGAAUCCUGACAUCUCUACCGACAGUACAACAGAAGAUACUAUGUUUAAAACAGAAGAUACUGUGUUUACAACAGAAGAUGCUGUCUUUACCGACAGUACAAGAGGAGAUAAUAUUGAAUUGGAAGCCACAUCUUUUGUAUACAAAACCGGGAAUCCUGACAUCUCUACCGACAGUACAACAGAAGAAGCUGUUACUGAUGAACCUGCGACAAUAUACUAGAACACUAAUCACUGGUUGAAGAAGACGAGGGUUACAACUAAUGGCCUAUGGACGUCUAACAACUGCACUAUACUUGAUAUAUAAGUGUAAGUUUUAGUGGUGUGGAGAUUUUCUACAACUAGAUGUGUUGUGCUGUGAUCUGUUUCUAAUAUAGUCUAACGACUGAA